AUGUGCUGCUGCUGGCAAGUGGGCUUUGCCUGGACGCGGUCGUGCGCGGUUGACCUCGGCCGGAGCCAGAGUGUCUCGGCCGGCGGGAAGCCACCGUUUUAUGGGGCCAUCGUCGCCAUUCCCCUGGGCGGCGAGCGCGGCGCCAUCAUGUCGGCUUUAGGCUCCGACUCGUGGUGGCGGAAGACGCUCUAUUUGACCGGAGGGGCUCUGCUAGCCGCCGCUGCCUAUUUGCUGCACGAAUUGUUGGCCAUCAGAAAAGAGGAAGAGUUGGACUCCACAGACGCCAUCAUUCUGCAUCAGUUCUCCCGACCCAAAAGCGGAGCCCCGUCGCUGUCCCCCUUCUGCCUUAAGACGGAGACCUACCUCCGCAUGGUGGACCUGCCCUACCAGAACUACUUCGACGGGAAGCUGUCGCCGCAGGGCAAGAUGCCUUGGAUCGAAUACAACCACGAGCGCGCGUGCGGUUCAGACUUCAUCAUCGACUUCCUGGAGGAGCGGCUGGGCGUCAACCUUAAUCAGAGUUUAACACCGCAGGAGAAGGCCGUGUCCCGCGCCGUCUCCAAAAUGGUGGAGGAGCACUUCUACUGGACUGUGGCUUACUGCCAGUGGGUAGACAACUUGGAGGAGACAAGAAAGAUGUUGUCCGUGAGCGGGCCGCUGAGCGACGCGCUCAAGUGGAUCCUGAGUCACGUGACCGGCGGCAUCGUCGAGCGGGAGAUGUACGGGCACGGCAUGGGACGCUUCUCUAAGGAACAAGUCUAUGACAUGAUGGAGAAGGACAUGCGCACGCUGGCAACACUGCUAGGCAAUAAAAAGUACCUUAUGGGCUCCAAGAUUUCAACAGUCGACGCCACGGUGUUCGGGCACCUAGCGCCUGCCAUGUGGACUCUACCUGGAACACGACCAGAGCAGCUCAUCAAAGGCGAGCUUAUCAAUUUGGCCAUGUACUGCGAGCGAAUUCGCCGCCGCUUCUGGCCAGAGUGGUUCGUGGACUUGGAGGACUUGCGCUUCCGCGGCGACACGUCAGAAAGCAGCGUGUCGCCCUCCGACCUCGGCCUCUACUCUCGCACGGACACCUUCCAGGAUGACGACACGCGCUCGUCCCACACGGCGCACACGCGACCCGAGUCGCCCGGUAGCGACCCGACGGGCGUGUCGCUGUACGACUCGGACAUGGAUACGGAGUGCUCUGAAAUGGAGCCGCUCAAGUGUUGA